AUGGCACUUGUAAUAGUUUUACAUUUUGCUAUAAGUGAUAUAGAUCGAUACGUAUGUGGUGCAGUUUAUUGGUCAACAACUGCCCAAGACGAUUCUGAUGAAUUAAUUGUUGCUUUAAUUGCUUUAUAUUUUUCUACAAGUGAUCUAGAUCGAUCAGUGAAUAUUAGCUUUAUGGAAACAUUGAAAACAGUUUAUGUUUCGUGCAUUGGUUAUUCAGAUGGAGCAAUCGAGUUAUUCGAUGCCAAUUUUGCUGAUUUUACGAUCUGUGAUGCCCUCCCUUCGUCGACAACUAUCCAAAACGAUUGCAAUGACUUAAUUGAGUUUGCGUUUGUUUUCAAUCUGGCGAUACGUUAUCUAGAUCGAUCAGGUGAGUCAUGUUUGACUUUUAUUUUAUUUUCUCAGCCAGUGCUUUCAUUUAGUGAGCAUUAA